AGCGAUCAUUCCAAUUCUCCUACUGUGCGAACUCCUGCAGACUUCAGUUCAUUGUAAAAAGUUGUGUGCAUGGCAGAGGAAGGUGGUGCGCGAUAUUUACAGUGAAAAAAAGACAGACUGCUGCUACUACUAUUGUUCAAAGCAAGUUUGUUUUCUCGUUGUUGUUGUUGUUGUUGUGAUAUAGUGACUGAUAUUUGAGAAGUGACGAUGAUCAUCGAAGAUCCGGACGCGUUCAAGACUUGGCUCACAGCCGUCCUGAAACCUAUCUGCGAGGCCGAUCCUUCAGCGCUCGCCAAGUAUGUGAUAGCACUGGUGAAGAAGGACAAAUCACCGGAGGUGCUCAGACAGAGCAUGGUCAAUCAGCUGGAGGUGUUCCUUCAAAAGGAAACCGAACCAUUUGUGACACAGCUGUUCAAGACAUUGGAGACACAGGAUUACAUCAAUUCAGUGAUACCGAACGCGAAUCCACCGAAUCCAAAUAUGAACCUGAAGCUGACUGAGGUGGCCACAGUCACGCCACCCGCAAAGGUGGUGGCGAAAGCUUUGCCUAUCAUACCGGUCAGUGAAAUCGCUGCAAAUCUAACAGAGACCCUCAAUGGAAAGGGCAUCAUCAAAGAUGCCAAGGAACUCGAGAAGAAGGAUGUUAAAAAAGAGGAGGAGAAACCGUUGAGGAGGAGGUCGAGACACAGAUCGUUGUCAAGGAAUAGGAGUCGAUCUAGGUCUUGGGAUAGGACGAGAAGGUCGAGGUCGAGAGAUAAAUCGAGGGAGAGGGAUAGAUUGGACAGGGAUAAACGUGAGCGCGUCAGAUCGUGGAGGAACAAAUCCCCGCCGAGGCGAUACGAUCGUCGCAGGUCUGUGUCUCCUGGUGGCAGACCGAGAUCGCGUUCCCGCAGCCCCAGGCACAAUUAUAGUGCUCUUCCGCAUAGGGGUAGAUACAGGAACAGAUCACCUCCGUUGCGGUCGACCAGUCGAAGCAGGUCGCGUUCUCUGGAGAGACGCGACCGCAAAGAGAUGAAGGAUCGCGAGACGGCGCAAUCCGGUGCAGGAACGCCCACCCAGGACAGCAAUCACGCAGUCGACAUGGACCUGAGACUUACGCAAUCGGUGCAGUCGGCGGUGGUGGUGCAACCUCCGCCGCCCGCGAACAGACCGCCCGGCGUGCCGCUUCCGUCCGUCGAUGGAAGCCGUCGAUGCAGAGAUUACGACGAAAAAGGUUUCUGCAUGCGUGGCGAGAUGUGCCCCUACGAUCACGGUGUUGAUCCCGUCGUGCUGGAGGAUUCGACGCUCAGCCGCGUUCUGUACGCCCCGAACGGCACCGGAGACAACAUGCUCGUGCCGCCACCGUCCAUCGUCAUUCCCGGUCCCAAUCCCAUAAUGCACAUGAGGCCCAAUCUCCCUGCAGAGUACAAUCCGCAGGCGCCGCAAAUGUGGCAUCAUCGGCCACCCAAUUUCCGCGGAGGUCAUCGCGGCGGUGGAAUGAACUCCGGUCCACCGAGGGUUCCCCCGAUGGGUUUCAACCCGCAGAACGGUCCUCCACUGCCCAAUAUCCAGCAGCGCGAAUUGAUCUCAGUCCCUGUCCUUGAUAGCGGCAACCAGCAGGACAACUACGGCGGCGGUGGCGGUGGCUACCAGCAACAGCAGCAGCAGAACAACGGUCCGCCGCCACAGAACAGCGGCAACACUUACAUUCAGGAUCAGCAACAACCCGGUGGUUUUAAGAAGAAACCGUUCGAUUACAAUCGCUUGGGUCCGCGCCAGAAGAAUCCCUCCAACUGCUCGUUGGAGUUGAAGAAAGUGCCGACCGGUUUGAACAACAUCACUCACCUGAACAACCAUUUCCAUCGUUUCGGCAAGAUCGUCAACAUCCAGGUCAGCUACGACGGUGAUCCUGAGGCGGCGAUCGUUACGUUUUCUAGUCACGCGGAGGCGAACGUCGCCUACCGCAGCACCGAGGCCGUCCUCAACAAUCGCUUCAUCAAGGUGUUCUGGCACACCGGCAACGCAGACAGCAGCCGGCAGGAGAACGUUCCUCCCAGACCGAUCAAGGAAAGGCUCGGCGGUCAAUCCGGGCCUGGUGGCAGCAUGCUUCAUCAUUCGAUCGGCAACGUUGCACCGAACGCCAACAAAGUGCUUAAUUUGGUGCAACCGAAGGCCAACCAAGACAUCAAGGGCGGCAGCGCCGAUGCCGUCGAAGACGAUCCCGAGAAGAUCAAGGAGCUGGAAGCCAAAAAGGAAGAGAUGAAAGCACAAGCUUCUCUGGCCAUAAAGAAAGGUCAAGAGUUGUUGGCGGCCAAAGAGAAGAUGAAGAAGAAUCAGGAGCAGAAACUGAAGGAAGCCGUGAAGCUGACGGCCAACCUGAGGCGGCGAAAGCAAGAGCUUCUGGAAAAACAGUUGGCGCAGCAAAAACUUCUCAUCGAAAAACUUGAAAAAUGUUCGCAAGGCUCGCAAAGAGAUUUGCUUAUGCAAACAAUAAAGAAGUCGCAGGAUUCCAUCGAGGUAAUACGAAAAGAUAUCUCCAUCUGCUUUAAGACUGCCGCGGGCGUUGGUGGUACACCGACAUCGCCGUCGGCGACGUCUACAGCUAUGCUCCGCAAAACGAAGGAGGAAGUGCAGAAGGAAGUGUUGGAUGCCGAAUUGGAUUUGAUCAGCAAGCAGGCGGAGGGUGUCGACGUAACGGAGUUACAGAAGAAGAUACACGAUAUGAAGGCGAAGAUACCGACGCUUCUUUCGUCGUCGGUAGCUGCGCCGGCGAUACGUGGUAGCUGGACUCGCGGUCGGGCUCGCUUCAAUCCAAUCGGACGUCACUUGCUCACCAAGAACAAUCUGCUCAAGGAUCGCAUGAAGCUGAAGAGUCCCAGCAAGACGACCGGCAGCAGUUCGACGUCCCAGCAGACUCACGCCGUAGAUCACAGACCCACGAGGAUACUCGUCUCCGGUUACGAGAGUGACGAACAGGAGAGCGUGCUCACGCACUUCGGACAGUUCGGAGAGAUCGUCGAAUACGUGAGCGAUGCUUCCACGCCGAGCGUCGUGCUCAAUUACAAGACGCGCAAGGAGGCAGAGUUCGCCGUCGUCAAAGGAAAACAUUUUCAGGAUCGUACUCUAUCUGUAACCUGGUGCAACAACGCGCAGCUGAACACGCUGUCGAGAAGCUCCAGUCGCACAGUGCUGAUCAACGAGUCCGAGGAACAACACCUUAUCGAUUCGGCGCUCUUGGACGGAGAUGAAGAUAUUGGAACCGUAUUGCCGGAAGAAGUGCUCCUGCAGGACGACGAGGAAGAGGAGGAGGAGAACGAGGAUCGCUCAUGGAGACGAUAGUAGUAGUGACCGCCGCCGGACAAGGACGAUAUCAUCGUUCUGCUCUCGACGAUCAAGAAGAUAGGAGGCCACGUCAAAAAGAAGAGGAUGGAACUUACGAUGAACUAUCAUCAUCAUUACUCUACGCGCGCGACCACAUCCCCUCUUGCACUUAUUUUCAUAUCUCAAAGAGUAUGAAGAAUUUUCAUUUCAUUUAUUAUUUCACUUUGUACGUGUUUUUCCGAUCCUCAUCCACUUGACAAACAUCUUGUUGUGUUGUAGUAGACUGUACAUAUUUCCAAAGUUAUCGGAGUCGUCGCUCCGCCCACCCCACGCCCCAUUCCUGAGACCAUCCGCCAAUAGGAAACAGUUUAUGUGAACUGGAGAUAUGCGCAGGCCACGCCCACUCCAAAAUUAAUUAAUUUAUAUAUAUAUAAUAUGAAAAGUUAUGACUUUAAAUUGCCAUAUGAAACUGUUUGUGAUGAUUUUUUUUUCUUUGGGACCGCCUGCGAAUAUCCUCGAGUACACCCACCUUUUCAAAUCUUAUUAUAAUUACUAAUCUUUAUUUUCUUUUAUCUCUCUCUAUCUCUUCAUGCAUUAUUAU